AAGGAGGCUGAGCUGCAUCGGGGCAUCUCACAAGACAGCUGAAGUUGAACGCUGAACGACGAUCUCCUGCAACCAACGACUGCCCACAUGGACAAAGGCUUCAACUCCUCGGCUAUGGAAGCUCCUCCGGCGUACCCGGUCCAGUCCAGGUUCAGCCGCAAGUUCAUCAUCGUCUGCGCGUCGCUGCUGGUGCUGCUGAUCGCGGUGGUGGUGGCCGGCGUCUUGCUGGGAGUCUUCAUCGGUGGCAAGAACGCGACCGAGCUCUACCAGCUGUCCGUGGGGGAUAAGGACGGCAACGUUGAGGAGCAGACGGUGCAGGUGAACCCCCAGGAGAACGUUGCCACCUUCUACAUCCAGAACGGCAACGUCUCCUCCACCACGCUCCUCGACUAUGCCAAGAACCUCGUGGUGAUGAGAACGAACGAACCGGGCGAGUGCUUCGUGCGGGAAAUUGGCGCCGGGGAUUUCCCGUCGUUCUCCGAGCUGAGAGACAGCCUCAAGAAUCUCAACGGUCAGACGGUGCAGGCCAGCGGUGGCUCAGAUGGCUCCUCGUUCAUCCCCGGUGCUGAGAUCUUCGACCGAUCCCUGUUCAGCCGCAGCGCCAGCCUCCUCUGCCAGGACGUGAGAUCGUUCUGGCUCGUCAAGGGCAACCCCAACACCCGGGCAAAAUGCUGGACGUGGAGGAUCAAAAUAUUAUGUAUCUUCAAGAAAUGUGUUACGAUCAGGUUAUGUGUUUUUUGGUCGCGUUAGGUUUUUGAGAGGCCCUUGUUGGUAAGGCCCUGCGUUAGGUUAAUCAAUAUGGGUAGAACGAGUAGUCGGGUCACGGUGAUUUAUAAUCUUAAACUACACGCGGGGUUUGUGCGCUUUUGCUCUCUGUUGGCUUUCACGUCACACUUGUCCAAAAAUCACCCUUCCGAAACCCACCGGUUGGAAACUGUCAUGAGGCCUCAAGU